AACGAAUGUUCUACCAUGUAUAAAUUCCCUAGAUUGUUAGUUCUUUUAGCUGAGUUGCGUUGUUGACGCGUUGCGUGUGGUGGGGGAGUAGCAGCAGUAAAACACGCACGACAGGUUUAUGCGCAUCGUUCUGUUAACUGUUUGUGACUGAAUGUCAAUUGAGCGGCUCGUUUAGCCUGUCAUUUAAAGCUUUCGAGGCAGCAUCUCCUGGAUCCGGGGCGUUGUACCGAAAAUGAUACUGAAAUCGUGAACGGUGAUCACGGUAAAUUCGUUUCCCUCCAUCCCCGAGUUCCGUACAGCGGCAUGUGAUUGUGAUAAACAAAACGCGUUGACAUGAGUCAAUUUAAACGGCGUAGCGUGACUCGAAGCCGUAAUAAUGGUGUGUUAAGAUAAAGAAGUGUGUUGACCGUUCGUGAAAUUGCCCAAGAGCAAUGGAAGAUGAACAGCCGGCGAGGGAAGCGAACAAGAUCUGUGGUGUGUGUGGUGACCGCGCGCUCGGCUACAACUUCAAUGCCGUGUCGUGUGAGAGCUGUAAAGCUUUCUUCCGCAGGAACGCUCUGAAAAAUAAGGAUUUCCGGUGUCCUUUUACAGAGAAUUGUAAUAUCACACCAGUUACUAGACGCUUUUGUCAGAAAUGUCGCCUAGAUAAAUGCUUCGGUAUUGGUAUGAGGAAGGAAUAUAUAAUGUCAGAGGAGGACAAAGUACGAAAAAGGCAAAAGAUAGAACAAAAUCGUGCAAAAAAAAGGCCACACACGGAAAAUACAAAAACAUCCAAAAGUAAGAAGAAUUGCAUAGAAGAUUCUACCUUUGAUGACACUUCUAUGUCUGUUAAUUCGGUUGCAUCAACUGUAUCUGAUACAUACUUCUGGGAGUCUGACAAAAAAUAUACUGAUUUAGACUCGAAUAGGCAGAAUGUAACAGAAGGAAUGAGUCCUGUAACAGCUGCCAGUGUUCCCAGCCCUUCUAGUCCACCAGAGAAUGGAACUAUAACUGGGUCAAAGACUCUUGAUAUGAUGAAAGAUACUUCUCACAGUUCUAGUUCCAAUUAUGAUAGCUUUGACCAAUCCCCUCAUCGAAAUGAAACCGAGGUUGAUGUGGAAAAAUUUAAGAUAGAUACAAGUUCUCUCAUAGAAGAUCAAGAAAAGUUUGAUACUGCGAACUCUGUAUCUCCUAACACGGGAAAAGAUAAGAAACCUAUAAUAAGUUCAAAAAGGUUUGAGCAGCAUGUAAUCGAUUUGAAUUCCGAAUUUGGUUCAAAUAACAACGAAUCCUUAAGAUAUUCGCCCGCAUUUGUCAGUGCAUCUAAUUAUAAUAAGUAUGAACAUAAUCCUGUACAGAACUCUACCUGUAUAGAUCAUACAUCACAUCCUAGAAAAUCUAAUUUCGAUGUAAGUCCAAGCACACCUGCAAGCUUGCAGACUUGUUUAGAAGAACUAACAGCCUGUCAGAAGCCAAACAAAGAAGUAUGUUCAAAAGAAGAUAAUGCAGCUACAAAGUUCUCGGAUGGACCAGUCCCAAUCUCAAUACUUGUUAAUAAUUCUAAUUUCAUUGCCAAACUGUUUCAAAACCAAGAGAUACUUUUGAAGAUCAUGUCAGAUUCUACAGUUAUUAACAAGUUAAAAGAAGAUCCACAGAUUUCUGAAUUUUUCAAAGAAAACGGUGCCAUAACUGAAAAAGAAACAAGCUCUGAAGAUAAUGGAAACAUUCAGUUUAAAGAAGACACUAGGCUUACCAAUAUUUCUGGUCACACAUUCAAGCAAACAUUGAAAAUGAAACAAAGACAAAUUGAGAAUCCAAUCUUAACAGAUCUUAUUACAAAUCCUAAUCAAGAAGAAUGCAUGAAGCAACGUAUGGAAUCAAGCGAGAAUGAUUGGAAUAAAAAUGUAACAGACGUUACGAGAGAUGUGCUUCAAGAUGUACAAAGAGUGCCAAUUGUUGCAAAUUCCAUCGAGUCUAUUCUGUGUGAAGCAAUUAAGUUAGAGUUCUCAGCAUAUUCUGCUAUCGGUGGUAUGGAGUCCCGGAGGGAACUAAAUGAUGCUGAAAGAGCAAAGUUAAAUGAAUUAAUAGUAGCCAACAAAGCAUUAUUAGCUCCCUUGGACGAAGAUAUAACAAAUUUAAUUGGAGAAGAUUGUAAAUUUAAGAAUAAUUUCGGUCAAUCCGAUCCAGCGUUGUUGGAUGUUAUCAAUUUAACUGCUAUUGCCAUUAGACGCUUAAUAAAAAUGGCCAAGAAAAUAAAUGCCUUUAAAAACAUGUGUCAAGAAGAUCAGAUUGCUCUUUUGAAAGGGGGUUGUACAGAAAUGAUGAUUUUAAGGUCAGCUAUUAAUUAUGAUGCAGAGAAAAAUAUGUGGUGGAUACCGCAUAGCCAAGAAAGUAUGUCGAAUAUAAAAGUCGAUGUAUUAAAGGAAGUGAAGGGAAAUCUCUAUGCUGAGCAUGCACGCUUCAUUCGGAGUUUCGAUCCGAAAUGGCGGGAUGAGAAUAUUAUUUUGAUUUUAAGUGCAAUCGCUUUGUUCACACCUGACAGACUGAAAGUGGUACACAGUGACGUCAUUAAAUUAGAACAAAAUUCGUAUUAUUAUUUACUUAGACGUUAUCUGGAAAGUGUAUAUCCAGGCUGCGAGGCCAAGUCCAUGUUUCUGAAAUUAAUUCAAAAAAUUUCGGAUCUUCAUAGACUAAACAACGAAGUUGUUGGGGUUUAUCUUAAUCUAAAUCCGUCGAGAGUGGAACCGCUUCUCAUAGAGAUAUUUGACUUGAAACACUGACUAGCUUAUUCUUUCGGCUAGAAAACAAAUGAACAUAAUUUUGUCAACUGAUUUUUUGUAUAGCAUUAGUUCUAUCUACGGAACUAAAGAAUCUUGACUACGGGGUUGUUUUAGAAACGCUACAUUU